AUGUUCCUGACCAGGAGUGAAUAUGAUAGAUCUGUGAACAGCUUCAGUCCAGAGGGUCGGAUCUUCCAAGUGGAAUAUGCCAUCGAGGCCAUCAAGCUGGGGUCCACGGCCAUCGCGGUGUGCACAUCGGAAGGUGUGGUCCUGGCUGCAGAGAAGCGCGUGACAUCCCCACUUCUGGAGCCCGCCAGCAUUGAAAAGGUGGCCGAGGUGGACGCACACAUUGGCGUGGCCAUGAGUGGUCUGACAGCUGAUGCACGCACCCUGAUCGACCAUGGCCGUGUGGAGGCCCAGCAGCACGCUUUCACCUACAAUGAGCCCAUCCCUGUGGAAUCGCUCACGCAGUCCCUGUGCGACCUGUCGCUGCGAUUUGGAGAGGAUGAGGAUGGUGGCGAUGGUGGCAUGAGCCGACCCUUUGGAGUGGCACUCCUCAUUGCUGGCUGGGACACAGACUCGGGGCCAGUCCUGUUCCACACUGAUCCUUCCGGUACAUUUGUGCGGUACCAGGCCAAGGCCAUUGGUUCUGGGUCUGAGGGUGCACAGACGGCCUUGCAGGAGGGAUUCCGUGCCGACAUGACACUGAAGGAGGCCGAAGAGCUCACUCUGUCCACGCUGAAGCAAGUCAUGGAGGAGAAGGUGACGUCUACCAACGUGGACAUCGCGAGGGUGGCUCCAAAAUGGCACCUGUACUCUCCCAGCGAGGUUGAGGAGGUGUUUGCUCGUUUGUGA